GCCCAUCCGGGCCAGGUACCAUUUUGCGCAUAGCGUGUUCUGCCACAGUGCUGGGCCGUCGUGGAGCACGUCGACAAGUGGCAGAGUCCGUGGACCUGGAUGGAAUGAGAACAUGAGAAAAUGUACACCUGCGCACACUAAAGGACUCCACCCCCUACAGGCAGUGCUUUCCGAUUCGAAAAAAUUGAAGGAGGAAUGUGGUUUGGACUUAAGGAUUCAGUAGUUUCAAAAGAUUAUUGUCAAUAUGGCAUGGAGUGGACCGACAACAACAAAAUCCUCACUAACGAUGUUUCAAUUGCAUUCAGUUCAGGAGACAUGUACACAGCAGCAUCAGCUGUCCAAUCAAGGUCGACAAAAGAAUCGUCCCCCGAGUCGAGGGAACUAUGCAAUGGGUGUAGUCUUCGUGACUUGUUUUUACAACUCUGGACAAUGAGACCAUUUAAUCUCUAUAUUUAUACGUCGUCCUUCCAGGAAGCUUGUUGGGUGAAGUUUGCCCUUAAAGACUUGUUUGACGCAUUUGGGGUCAUCAUGCCAAGUGAAUGUUUGAAGCUCAUUCUCCCUUAUGCGGAUCAAUUGUUGGAACAUUUAUCAACUGUACCGGAACUGGCUAACUUAAUGCCUGAAGCAACUCGCCGUCUGAAGGGGAAACCAAUGUCCCAAUUACUAAAGCGAAAAUUAUUUCGUGAAUUAGUCACCAAAUACUCAAUGUUGGCGGAAGAAGAGAAUAUUUCUGAACCAGUACAUGAACGGUCGGUCAUGAUGGAAAUAAGUGAACAGAAAGUUUACAACAGAGUCGGGAAAGGACAUUUGGCCCCCACAACACUAAAUAAUCAAAUAUCAGACUGGCUUAUUCAGAAAUACGAGCACGUUGACGACGAAGAGAUACGGAUUCGAAAAUCGAUUGUAUAUGAUCAAUAUGUGAAACAUUUUCCACAUCUGGAUCAAGAAAGAAUAUUGAUUCCAUCGAAAUUUGGCACCCUUUUUAAGUCGCAAUUCCCUCUUGCAAAAACCAAAUACGGGGGCCCCCGUACAAACCGUUAUGAUUUGUAUGCAAACAUUCGACGCAAGAUUCCCGACGCCACAUCUCAAGAGAACAUGACAAUGGGUACUAUUGUUAAAGAGGAAGACAAAACUCCUACCAAAAAAAAUGAAGCCGUAAAUAUUCAUGUCAUGGUCCCAUUUGGUCUACUUGAUUCAAUUGUCGAAGUAGGAAAAAAUGUGAUUCAAAAAAUCUCAGAUAAUUGCCACGUCAAGAUAACGAUCCCGAAAUCCAAACAGAAAUGUAAUCGUGUUCAGGUCGAAGGAGAUAAGGUCAUGGUUGAAUAGGCAAAAAAAUUGUUGUUAGAUUUUGUCAAGAUUGUUGAGCAACUUAAUAUGUAGUGUCAAUGUCAAAAGUUUUGUUAUGAAUUAAAACUUAAAUAUGUAGAGAAA